AACUGCUGAGUCACGCCCGGCCGGGUUUGGGAGCUUUUAUAUGUUGGCUUCCAUGUCCCUUUAACUUGCCUCGCUGUGGUUUUUGUUUGUUUGUUUAAUGCUUUCUGGCAUUACAGGAUGUUCCAGGCUCAGCUUGUAUAUUCCUUGACCUAGAAUCGGCUAUUUCUCCAUCUCUAGUUCCUUUUAUUGGAGAAUGAUAUUUAGAGACCAAGACCUGGGCACUGUGUAUGCUGAUUGCUACUGGGAUGUCAUUGCUUCUGGACCUUCACAGCAGACGGAGUUAAGAAGUUGAACCUGUAACCCUGAAGAACCAGAAGCCCAAAGGAACAAAUAGUCCUCCUACAAAGAGCCCCAUCUUAAGUGAGGCUAUUUCUGGAGUCCAUCUGAUGACCAAGGUACUGGGCAUGGCCACAAGUCUGGGCCCUAGUUCUCCACAGGAGCGGGUGGGACCUGUGAUUGUGAAAGUCGAGGAGGAGGAGAGAGAGAAGUGCUUUCCUAGCCUGGAGAUGUUCCGCCAGCGCUUCAGGCAGUUUGGGUACCAUGACACACCUGGACCCCGGGAGGCCCUAAGCCAGCUCCGGGUACUUUGCUGUGAGUGGCUGAGGCCCGAGAUCCACACCAAGGAGCAGAUCCUGGAGCUGCUGGUGCUGGAGCAGUUCCUGACCAUCCUGCCCCGGGAGCUGCAGGCCUGGGUACAGGAGCACUGUCCAGAGAGUGCUGAAGAAGCCGUCACUCUCCUGGAAGACCUGGAGCGAGAACUGGAUGAACCAGGACAGCAGGUUUCACCUCCUCCAAAUGAACAGAAACAGGUGUGGGAGAUGUCCUCUUCAGGAACAGCAAAGGAACCCCUGAGCAGCACACAGCCACAGUCUGUGGAGACAAGUCCCAAAUAUGAAUCUUGGGGACCCCUGUACAUCCAAGAGACUGGUGAAGAGCAGGAUUUCAUUCCAGAGCUGAGACAGAAUCAAGCAAUGGAAAAAACAUCCUCAGAUUGUAAAUCAAACACCCAGAAUGAGAAAUCAGCAGAUGUGCAGAAAAGUUCUGAAGAGUCCCAUGCAGAAGAAUUCAGAAAGGAUAUUACUCCCACAGUUAUUGCCAGUAAAUUUGAGGCCAGGUUAGAAAGGCAGUGGGUAAACCUUGAAAAAGAAAGAGGUACAAAAACCCCUCUCCUCGACAAAGGUUCCAAGAAAGGUAGAGAAUUAAUGCCCCCUAAACCUGCCCCCGGAGAGAGACGUUACAUAUGUGCUGAGUGUGGAAAAGCCUUUAGUAAUAGCUCAAAUCUCACUAAACACCGGAGAACACACACUGGGGAGAAACCCUAUGUAUGCACCAAAUGUGGGAAAGCCUUCAGCCACAGCUCAAACCUUACCCUUCAUUACAGAACACACUUGGUGGACCGGCCCUAUGACUGUAAGUGUGGAAAAGCCUUUGGUCAGAGCUCAGAUCUCCUUAAACAUCAGCGAAUGCACACUGAAGAGGCACCAUAUCAGUGUAAAGAUUGUGGGAAAGCUUUCAGUGGUAAAGGCAGCCUCAUUCGACACUAUCGAAUACAUACUGGGGAGAAACCUUAUCAGUGUAAUGAAUGUGGGAAGAGUUUUAGUCAGCAUGCAGGUCUUAGUUCUCAUCAGAGACUGCACACUGGAGAGAAGCCGUAUAAGUGUAAGGAGUGUGGAAAAGCCUUCAACCACAGCUCCAAUUUUAAUAAACAUCAUAGAAUCCAUACUGGGGAAAAGCCCUAUUGGUGUAAUAAUUGUGGGAAAACCUUCUGUAGUAAAUCAAAUCUUUCCAAACAUCAGAGAGUCCACACUGGAGAGGGAGAAGUGCUUUAACUGUCAAGUAUGCUCUCUCAGUGUUUUUGUGUGUGUGUGUUAACUUUAGAACAUGAAUGCUAGGGAGAAGCCCAGUAACUGUAAUAUAAACUUAAGCAGUAGAUUUUGUUUCACUCAACAUCAAGGGACACUGGAGGAGUGAGCAGUGGCACAGUAGGAAGGAAGGUGUAGUGGAUUCCUCACUUGCAGGAUCCCCUCACCACACUUCAGGUCCCAUUAACCAUGCCGGCAUUGCCUUUUGUAUAGUUAAAAUUAUGUGUAUCAAGUAUAAUUAUGGAAAAAACAUCAUGACUGUUUAACUAUUUUAACAUACAUUCAAGAAUUAUGAUUUGUAAAGAAUUGAGCCAUUUGAACACAAUCUAAUCUGAUUCAGAAUAAAUUUAUAACAUCUUAUAAUACUUCAGGACUGUUAAAAUAAAUGGUAUGUUUAUUGAACACUGCUAGAGAGGCAACUA